UGACAGCGGCCAAGAUGGCGUCGGGCUACAGAGAAAAGUGAUGAGGAUAGAACAACAACAAGCGAUAUAACUACGUGAUACUGUGCGUGUAUUUUUCAGCGAGCGUUUUUACCGGAGCUCCUUUUAAACAUCGGGAAGUCGUCGCACCUGCACAGAGGGACAACACGGUGCUUCUGCGUUAGAGUUACCCAUUUAGCUAACGUUUGCUAACUAGCUGCUAAAGUAGCUAGCGUAGCUAACGUUAGCUAACUCCAGUGUAUCUGCGGAAGGCGAGAGAGGAGAUACAUUGUGCUUUAAGGCAGCCCGAAGCACAAGUCAGCCAGCUAAGCCGAUGUUCUUACAUUAAGCGAGGUUGCUUUACUGUUGUGCUGCUCUGGCAAUUGAAAUAUUACAGUUUGCACCUCGGAGCAGACCAUCUUUAACAGCCGUUGGUCAGGUAACUACAACCAUCGCCUCCGAUUAGAAAAACUGAACCAGCUGAAGUUAGGCGUCAUCUUUGCUGAUCUGACGCCAUGGCUCACUCCCCUAUUCAGAGUGGACUGCCCGGGAUGCAGAAUUUCAAAGCUGACCCAGAAGAGCUUUUUACUAAGCUGGAGAGGAUAGGAAAAGGCUCUUUUGGUGAAGUUUUUAAAGGCAUUGACAAUCGGACUCAGAAAGUUGUGGCCAUUAAAAUUAUUGACCUGGAGGAGGCAGAGGAUGAAAUAGAAGACAUACAACAGGAAAUCACAGUGCUCAGCCAAUGUGACAGCCCUUUUGUAACCAAGUAUUAUGGAUCCUAUCUCAAGGGUACAAAAUUAUGGAUUAUUAUGGAAUAUUUGGGUGGAGGAUCAGCCCUAGAUUUGUUGGAACCAGGUCCUUUGGAUGAAACGCAAAUUGCCACAAUUUUGAGAGAAAUCCUGAAGGGGCUGGAGUACCUGCAUUCUGAAAAGAAAAUCCACAGAGAUAUCAAAGCGGCCAAUGUGCUGCUGUCAGAACAAGGUGACGUGAAGCUGGCGGACUUCGGAGUGGCAGGCCAGUUGACAGACACGCAGAUAAAGAGGAACACAUUUGUUGGCACUCCAUUCUGGAUGGCACCUGAAGUCAUAAAGCAAUCUGCCUAUGAUUCAAAGGCUGAUAUAUGGUCGUUGGGAAUAACAGCAAUUGAGCUGGCUAAAGGAGAGCCACCCCACUCUGAGCUCCAUCCUAUGAAGGUUUUAUUUCUCAUCCCAAAGAACAAUCCACCAACACUGGAGGGAAACUACAGUAAACCACUUAAAGAAUUUGUAGAAGCUUGUCUAAAUAAAGAGCCCAGCUUUAGGCCAUCUGCCAAAGAGCUGUUAAAACACAAGCUGAUUGUACGGUAUGCCAAAAAGACGUCAUAUUUAACAGAGCUAAUUGACAAAUACAGGAAGUGGAAGGCAGAGCAGUCUCGGGAUGAAUCCAGUUCUGAUGACUCUGAUUCGGAGCCAGACGGCCAGGCAUCUGGAGGCGAUGACUCUGGAAAUGAUAAAUGGAUCUUCACCAUCAGGGAGAAGGACCCAAAAAAGUUUCAGAAUGGGGCAGCACAGCCUGCUGAGCUGGAGAGGAAGCAGGUGCAAGAGAGUACAAAGAGGCCUUUGUCACAAAGCUGGUCAACAAUCUUUUCCCCACUGUUUUCUGAGAUGUCAUUUUUGCAGUUGAAAGAGAAGGGUGAGGCAAGUAAUGGCAAGCCGGAGGCUGCAGAGGAGCUGAGGGAGGCCAUUUUCCUGGCUGACGAGGCAUGCCCAGGGAUCUGUGACUCCAUGGUGACUGAACUAGUGCAGAGACUUCAGAGGUUUUCUCUGCCAAGGGCUGCCACCUCUCAGUGAGAAGAGUUACAUCCAGCUGUGCUCUCGCUCUCCACCCUGAUGGCAGCGGUCAGAUCUUUGCCUCUGACAUCCACAGCUGAGAUGAAAUCUCCCAGGAAGGUCUCCAUAACUCAUUCGCCUAAAGCAAAUACUGGCCUACUUAAUGUCUGUCGAUACCACGUAGGGUCCUAUUCAGGACAGUCAGUGGCCAGUCACCCAGCUGCCACCUUGACUGCCACCUGCUGUAAAAUGUCCCUCCUCAAUACCUCCUUCACAACUAUUUUAUUUUAAGGAUGGAGUUAGCUGUUUUUUCUGCAAAGGACUGAGUUUUUUUGGUGUGGCUUAUUCCUAAAGGUUUACAUUCAGCAACCUUUUCGAUAAAGUAUUUUAAUUGUGUGCAUGUGUGUGUGGCAGUGCGAGAUAUCCUGUGAAAUGUGCAGUGAAGAGUGAUGAGUGGAUUGAAACAUUCUAUUGAAAACUCAGGUAUCCUGCUUUAAGUGGAUUGGGUCUUCUGGGAGAUGGAAAGAGCUCUGUUGGGUGGUUGUACAGACUUGUAAAUAAGCUCAUUUUUACAGAUACCGAAAAAUAAUGGAGCGUGCGUAAAGGAAUCACUGUGUACAAAUGGCCAAAUGCAAACUGUAGAUAAUGGUUAAAAGGUAAAUAUUUUGAGAGACUAAAAUGGCCAAAAUUGAGAUUGCCUUGCCUUUAUUACUUGUUCUUUUGUAUAUCAGUCUUUGAUUUCUCAUGUUGUAAAACUUUUAUAAGUACUCAUCCAUUGAAUGAAAAUGGCUGCCCUCUAUCCUGCUUUAGUGUUGAUUUAUUUUGUUAUUACUUAAUGCUCUUGGGGUUUUGGUUUCACACUUAAUGCUGUGGCUGUCAUUGUAAUGUUGAAGAUACAGAAUGUAAAAAAAUGGCUGGAUCACUCAAACCCCCUCCAGUUUUAAACACUGGAUACUGUUUAUUCCCAGCCCCAGUUCCAUGAGGCCUCAAGUUGUGUUGGUUUGUUGGACUUCUCCCUCAAUCAUUUUUUUGCCGAGUGUUUGAUUAGUUAGCUAAACUGAGGUUUUGUCCAUUCAUUCCAUUUAUAGGGCAGUGCCAUCAUCUAGCUUAAUUUGUCAUCUACAGACUCAAGUCUUCCUGGGAGCUGCAGUGGUACAAUCUAUUUCCUCAGUGUACCAACAGCUUUAAUUGCACUUCAGAUAUAAAUGCCUUUGACUAUAAACAAAGUAGCCAUAAUACAGUAGCAUGAGGCUUAUUAUGCAGGUAUGCAUCAUGCUAUCUGAAAAGAAGAAAAAAAAA